AUGGAUGGGCCGAUGAUGAAUGGCUCUCGCGACUAUGGCAUCUUCCAAAUCAACAACUAUUACUGGUGCUCUCCCCCAUCCGGUGCCUUCUCUUACGAUGAGUGCAAGAUCAAGUGUGAAGAUUUCUUGGUCGAUAGCAUUGAACCCGCUGUCAAGUGCGCCCAAUUGGUAUUGAAACAACAAGGCUGGACUGCCUGGUCCACCUGGAAGUACUGUGACGGUACUUUGCCCAGCAUUGAUGACUGCUUCUAAAUUUAUUGAUGAAGGAUUUUAAAACGAAAUAAAAUAAAAAGAUUAAAACGUAA